CAAUGAUUUAUGUAUGGCCUGCUCAGCGUGGUUGAGACGUGUCCAAAUCUGACUAUACGGCGGAUGUCAAGGACAUACCUGGAUUGCCUCGUAAUUGUCCAUGACUGCAGCAGACGUUUGGCACGAGUUGUGAAAGGACCUGAAGCGGAGAGCAAGCUGCUGCGGAGGUUGUUGGUGGACCGAUAUAAGAUUCUGGGCGACUCGAGGCAAGCUGACGUAUUGUUGCCGCCAAACACAUGUCAUCAAACCCAUAUCAACGCCGUAUCCGCCCCAACUCUCUUUCUUUCCUACCACCGUCUUGACUGCCACCUAAUCAGUUCCUCAGUACAUAUUUCACGCCCCCUAAGAUGUCUGCGACACAAAAGGUUCAGCAGCACCCUGCUUUCGUUCAGGCGCAGAACAAGGCGAAUUAUUAUAUUCAACAGCUUGACAAGGAACUCACGAAGUAUCCAGUUUUGAACACAUUUGAGCAGCGGACUCAGAUUCCAAAGACCUAUUUUGUCAGCGGCUCUGUUUUGCUCCUCGCCCUUUUCCACUUUGUCAAUCCUCUUGCCGCACCGGUUUCUAAUCUCGUUGGAUGGGCACUUCCGUGCUACCUCUCCUUCAAGGCACUGGAAAGUCCCGGGCACCAGGAUGACGUGCAGUGGCUCACGUAUUGGGUUGUUUUCGGGUUCUUCAACUUCCUCGAGAGCAUUGCACUCAGAAUGGUUCUCUACUACUUCCCGUGGUACUUUGCAUUCAAGACGGUGUUCAUCCUUUGGCUGCAGCUCCCUACCUUCCGCGGCGCACAAACAACUUACACCGUUGUGUUGAAGCCUGUCAUGUCCAACUUGUCCGGUUCGCGUGCUUUAGCACCGACCGACACGGUGACAGCUGAGGGCCUUCGCGACCGUGUUGCCAGCGCUAAUUCGGAGUGAACUCGGCCACGCCCGCCUCUCUAUCCUCGGCUAUCGUUUCGCUCUGUGUAGUUCAGCUUGGAUGGUCAUAGACAUUAUACGCCUCCUUUCCAUUGUCCAUGCUUCUGCUCAGGCUUUUGAGGAGUAAUUCGUUUUACGUUUCGAUAUGUUCUACUUCACGUAUCUCUCCAAAUCGUUAUUGAGCUUUUCGCGCCUCAUCACAGCACGCCGAAAAUGUCACAACGCGUGGUAGAUCUUAGUGCUCGGGACCGAGCGAGCGUCUAAAUAAUCUUGAUUCAACGCCAAUAGAGACUGGUCGCCCUUGCGCAUGA